AGUGUACGGAAUUUCAUAUGAAAGUGAACUAAACAUCAAAUCGAGUUUUGGCAAUUAGUUUGAUCUGAAUUGCGUGUGCAAAUAAAAAGCAAACAUUUUGUGUGACCAACAAAGACAUUGAAUAAAAGUUAACAUAAAAUGUAUCGUCCAUUAGCCAGCAUCUCAAAUAAAUUCAGGAACAUCAACAACUUUUCCUCAAUUGAAAGAAGUUAUCAAUCAUCAAAGGCACUGCCAGAUUUAACAAAAGAUCGAUACGCAGUUCAACGAGGUGAUUUCUCUGAAAUCAAAAAUAGUGAUAUAAAACACUUUGAAUCGAUAUUAUCAUCAUCACGGUGUAUCACAGAUAAAAGUGAUAUCGAGUCGUACAAUGUUGAUUUUCUUGGUGCCGUACGUGGUUACAGUCAAGUCUUGUUGAAACCGAAAACAACCGAAGAAGUGUCGACUAUUUUGCAACAUUGUAAUUCACGAAAGUUGGCCGUAUGUUCUCAAGGCGGAAAUACUGGUUUAGUUGGUGGAUCGGUACCCGUUUUUGAUGAAGUCAUUCUAUCAAUGCAGCUUAUGAAUAAAAUUGAACAUGUUGAUGAAAUGGCUGGCAUUUUAGUUUGCCAAUCGGGAUGCAUUCUAGAGAAAUUAGAAGAGCAUGUAUCAGAACGUGGCCUAUGUAUGCCAAUUGACUUGGGCGCAAAAGGUACCUGCCACAUUGGUGGUAAUGUUUCAACAAAUGCCGGUGGAUUGAGACUUUUGAGAUACGGAAACUUGCAUGGAAAUGUGUUGGGAAUUGAAGCGGUCAAAGCGGACGGAACUAUUUUGGAUUUGAUGUCAAACUUUAAAAAAGACAAUACGGGUUAUCAUUUGAAACAUUUAUUUAUUGGAUCGGAAGGUACACUCGGUGUGAUUACAAAAUUGGCCAUCGCUUGUCCAACCGCAUCAAAAGCAAAAAAUGUGGCUUUUCUUGGUUUGGAAAGCUACGAUGCAUUACUUAAGACAUUUUUGGCAGCAAAACGAGAUCUUGGUGAAAUUUUGUCGGCUUGCGAACUCAUUGAUAGUGAAUCGCUUAAAGUUAGCACUCAACAAUACAAUUUAACUUCACCAAUAUCUGAAUAUCCAUUUUAUUUGCUACUCGAAACGUCCGGCAGUAAUGCAGAACAUGACGAAGAAAAAGUAAGUAAUUUUCUUGAAGCAGCAAUGAAUCGUGGCGACAUUCUUGACGGCACUGUAUCCAGUGAAGGAAACAAAGUGGCACAGAUGUGGCAAUUGCGCGAAAGCAUUCCAACAGCAUUGAUUAAAGAAGGAUAUGUCUUCAAAUACGAUAUAUCAUUGCCUUUGUCACAUUUCUAUGAAAUCGUGCCGGUGAUGCGUGAACGAGUUGGUGAUUUGGCCAUUCGAGUUUGUGGAUAUGGACAUAUUGGUGAUUCAAAUUUACAUUUGAACGUUUCGUGCACAGAAUUUAAUGAUAACAUUUAUAAACGAGUCGAACCUUUUGUCUAUGAAUACACAUCGAAAUUGCGGGGCAGCAUUAGUGCCGAACAUGGGAUCGGAUUUUUGAAAACGAAUUAUUUAAAAUACUCAAAACAACCGGAAGCGCUCGAUUUAAUGAAAGAGUUGAAAACGAUGAUGGAUCCCAAUGGAAUUUUAAAUCCUUACAAAGUUCUACCUCGAAAUACAUAAGUAAAGAAACGAAUAAUGAAUUUUGGUGCUGUUAAUAAUAUUAAUCGACUGUUAAAAUUUGUAAAUAUUUAAAUGUAAUUUGAAAGUUUACGGAAUAAAAAAUAUAUUUUUGAUAUUAAAA